GCGGAAGUGCAGUAUUUCACAAAAAAAAAAGGAAGCGAGACUGGAUAGACAGCGUGGGUUUAACUAGUUUAGACAUUUAUCGUGUGAGAGAGAGAGACUCAGGACAAAUACACGGGUUUGGGGACAGGCUGGAGGGGUUAAACAGAGCGAUCGGGGGAGAAGUGGAGAGUGGAGAGGGUUUCUUAUCGAGCUGAGAUCGGGAGGGCAGAGCUGCACACCUACACCUAACUCUGUGUUUGCAUCAGCGUUGGGUUUGUGUUCAAAUCCCGGAGCACCGCUUAUAAUAAUAAUAAUAAUAAUAAUAAUCAUAAUAUCCGGAUCUGGGAUCCUGUCUCCCAACACUUCCAGUUCCUGCUGUCUCUAAGCACCUGUGCGUGUGUCAGAGUCUCAGCCAGGAGCACAGCGGACCGGCGCUGCUAGAAAAGGUCUGUCCGGCCCAGAGCGACUGUCUCCGGCUGAGUGUGCCUGUCUCUCGGCUCUGCUGCUGGGAGAUACAACACGAGGGCUUGGUUCUGAUGCAGAGCAGCGUUGGCAAGGCGUUGUUGGCUGUGGGCUCCAGCCAUGGCUCCUCUCCUUCUCCCCCUGCUGUGUGCACUGCUGACCUGCCUGCAGACCCCCAGCCUGGCUGGCUCUGACCCAGACCCAGUCCCCCAGUGCGACUCGGGGCUGACCUGGGCGGUGAGCCUGGGGCCGGAGGGGGGGCAGGCAGACAGGCAGGCGCUGGACUUGCUGGCUGGGGAAGUGGCCGCAGAAGCAGGGCUGGAGAGCAGGGGGCAGAUCGGCCAGCUGGAGGGGCACUACCUGCUGGCGUUGCCCUGCGGACAGGAGGGGGGCAGAGGGCAGGCGGCCCAGGCCCUGUCACAGCACCCAGCCGUCAGGUGGCACUCAGAACAGCAGCUCCUCAGAAGGGCCAAGCGCAGCCUCACAUUCAACGACCCCAGAUACCCCAAGCAGUGGCACCUGCACAAUAAGGUGCGGGCGGGGAUGGAUAUCAAUGUCACGGCUGUGUGGGAGCACAAUGUGACCGGCGCUGGGGUCACCGUGGUUGUCGUGGACGACGGAGUUCAACACACUCUGAAGGACAUCCAACCCAACUAUAGCCCCGAGGGGAGCUACGACCUGAACUCCAACGACCCUGACCCCAUGCCACACCCCGACGCCAACAACGACAAUCACCACGGGACACGGUGCGCGGGAGAGAUCGCUGCCGCGCCUAACAACAGCUACUGCGCCGUGGGCGUGGCGUACGGGAGCCGGGUGGCAGGGAUCCGCGUGCUUGACGGGCCGCUCACUGACAGCAUGGAAGCCGUUGCCUUCAACAAGCACUACCAGAUCAAUGACAUUUACAGCUGCAGCUGGGGCCCCGAUGAUGACGGGCGCACGGUGGACGGGCCGCACCCUCUGGGCAAGGCAGCUCUGCAGCACGGGGUCAUUGCUGGCAGGAAGGGCUUCGGCAGUAUCUUUGUGGUCGCCAGUGGCAACGGAGGACAGUUCAGGGACAACUGCAACUACGACGGCUACGCCAACUCCAUCUACACUGUGACCAUUGGAGCAGUGGAUGAGAACGGCCGGAUGCCCUUCUAUGCGGAGGAGUGUGCCUCCAUGCUCGCCGUCACGUUCAGCAGUGGAGACAAGAUGCUGCGCAGCAUUGUGACCUCAGACUGGGACCUGCUGAAGGGCACUGGCUGCACGGACGGGCACUCUGGCACCUCCGCUGCCGCCCCCCUCGCUGCGGGGAUGGUGGCUCUGAUGCUGCAGGUUCGACCCUGCCUGACCUGGAGAGACGUGCAGCACAUCAUAGCCUUCACUGCCACCAAGUAUGAGGACCGGCGAGCGGACUGGGAGGUGAAUGGAGCCGGGUUCCACCACAGCCACCAGCACGGCUUCGGGCUGCUCAACGCCUGGAGACUGGUCAACGCUGCCAAGGUGUGGGAGUCUGUGCCGUACCUCACCUCCUAUCAGAGCCCCGCGUUCAAGGAGGAGAGAGUGAUCCCCAGCGCCCCGGCUCAGCUGAGAGUCUCCUGGAACGUGACGGCGGCGGAUCUGGGUCAGUCUGGCAUGCGCACGCUGGAGCACGUUGCCGUGACGCUGACCCUCACACACCCUCGCCGUGGCAACGUGGAGAUCGUGCUGCUCUGCCCCAGCGGCAUCUCCUCCCUGAUAGGAGCACGCAGAGCCAUGGACAGCGACCCCUCCGGCUUCUCUGAUUGGAUGUUCUCCACGGUGCGCUGCUGGGGUGAGCGGGCGGAGGGGGUGUACACACUGCUGGUGCAAGAUCACGCUGAUGGCCCCCUGACCCAGGGCACUCUGAACCGCUGGCAGCUCACCCUGUACGGCUCAUCCUGGUCCUCCGAAGAAGUGAAAGAGAGGCAACAGCUGGUGGAGCAUGCGAUGGGGGGGCAGUACCUGGUGAGCAGCUUCUCUCUGCCCUGUCCCCCGGGUCUGGAGAUCCAGGAGCCGCCAGUCACCACCCUGACUGCCAACAGCCUGAAGUCCUUGCUCCUGUUGGGCUGCUUCGCUCUGUUCUGGUCUCUGUACUACACCCUGGAGACUCUGCUGGCUCACCUGGACUGGAGAGCACUGUGCCGCGGCGCCCCCUGCAGGGCAGGGAGGGACAGGCAGGUGGAGGAGGGAGGCGGAGAGGGAGAGGGGGGGGGGGACCCCAUGGUUCCCCUGGAGAGACUGCCUCCUCCCCGCCCACAGUUCUCCCACAACAAGACCCCCGUCCUGCAACAAGAAGAGGAGGCAGCCCCCCUGAUCUCCCCCACGUAGCACCGUCACCCCCCCCCCCCCCGGUAUACUGGCCCCCGCUGCGGGGGAUAUUGACAGUAUAUAGCAAUCUAGGGACAUGAUCUGCACUGGUGCUGCAGAAAGAACCAGGACUAAUUCACAGGGAGGAAGGGAGUCAAUAAAGAGCUUUACUGAGAUGCAUUUCAAGAACAGAGCUGAGAGAGUAGAGCUACAGUAUAUCUAUAGCAGUAUAUCUAUAGAGAGAGAGAGGUUUUGGUUUUGGGUGUCUUCAGUAUUAGAGGCUGCCUUGUUCCGUGUCUCAGGGCAGCCUGCCUCCCUCCUUCCCUGACUCUGAGCUCCAGGCUCUGGCAGAGUGUCCCUGAGCUUCCCCAUGAUUGCACUGCUGCUGGAGCUCUCUUCGACGGAAUCGGGCCGCCUCUCUUCGACGGAGGAAGUCACAGCGCUGAACUGAUCGGAGAAAAAACAUUCUGUGUUGAUGAGGAUGAUGAGGAUGAUGAUGAUGAUGAUGAGUUUUAAACUGUGUUGCUCCUCCUUUGGUUUUUAGUUUUCAGUUUGUUUUAAUUUUUUAAUUUCGAUCUGUCAAUAGAAUUGCUGCAGUAUUCCACAUUCUCAGAUCUGUCUCCCUGCCUCUCGUCUGAGGGGCUACUGUAUUGGGAGGGGGAGCUGUGCACUAUACUGUAUUUGAACAGAAUGAAAAUAAUAAUGAUUUUUCUGUUUGGCUUGUGCUUUGAUUUCUUUUUCGGGAGUACGCAGCCCAUUUCUCACUGCUUCCUCCAGUUGUCUCUCUGUCGAUUUGCCUGCUUGAUGUUACCGUGGAGUUUGGGGAGGGGUCGUUGGGAGACACGGCAGGAUGAUCCGGUGCAGGCGCGAGGAAAUCGGGCGCUUCACUCGCUUCACGCCACCCCUUCGGAGCACGAAAUAAAGAAAUCUCCUUUUAAUAAGAAUAAUGGCAGAAAACCAGUUUGAAAGAGAGUGGCACACCGUGCUACUGAAUGAAUCAUCAGUCCUGCUUUCAAACACCCCCCUUCUAUCCAGCUGCCUCUUUAUUAAAGAAGGGAGCCCGAAGCAGAAUCACUCACGCAGACUGUUCCAGCUCCAACACCGCUUGUGUAAUAAGUGAAUAUUAUUUGUCCAAAAGUUUCUAGUCAUUUCUAACCUAUACUUUGUUUAUUUAGUGAGACUUUCUUGUCCAUGCACAAAGCUUGCUGUACUGAGCAAUCUCAGCUGAGUCAUGACCAGCCCUUUCCAGAUCAUACAAAGCCUGCAUUCCUCAUGUGCUUCAGGCAUCAUGGGUCUGCUGUGCAGGUCACCUCGUUUCCUUUUUGAGGAAUGUGUUUUGCUUUGAACCCUGCUUGUACUGAGAUCGCAGACGCUGAAACAAGGUUCAGGUAAGUGAAGGAGCUACACAGCCUCGCUCACUCACGGACGAUUCCCUUUGGGGGCCUGCUUUGAUUCCUGAGACCAAGCUUCCAGAUGUCUUCUUGUGCUGUAUGACCUGCUGUUGUGCAAAGCGCUGCAUGCCUGUGUGACUCGCAGAGCAAAGCCAGUGCAAGCAGGCUUCAAGGGCAAUGUGAACUAACUGUGUUGCCACUCUAGUGCACUGGGGUUUGAGAUCAGAGCUCUACAUCAGUGCGAUUUUAAAAACGACAGGUACGUUUUUUUAAACAGCUGCAGCAGCAUGUUUUUCCCAGAACCCCGCUCUGAACUCCUUAAUGUUAAAAUACUCAAAUUGCUGUUUUUGUAUAUUUUGAUGGUGCUUUGUAAAGUCGGUUUACUGCUAUGCAAAGACCUGCAUGCAGUGGGUUAGCCUUGCAAGGAGAAAAAAAAUAAAACAAACGAAUGAAAAAAUAAA